GAAUGGAACGUUGGAGUGGAAAAGUAGCGAUUGUGACCGGGGCUAGUUCAGGAAUCGGUGCAGCGAUCACGGAAUCCUUCGUCGAACAUGGCGUCAAGGUGGUUGCUCUCGCAAGGAGGCUGAACAAACUUCAAGAAUUGGCCGCAACUCACGGUAAAGAUAAGAUCUACCCAAUCCAAUGCGAUGUCACAAAGGAGCAAGAUAUAUUACAUGCGUUCAAAUGGGUCGAAGAGAAAUUAGGCGGUGCCGAUAUACUUGUGAACAAUGCCGGAUUGGUCGUUCCGUCUGCGGUCAUUGACUCGCCGACUGAAGACUACCGUAAAGUAGUAGAUACUAACUUAAUAGCUCCCGCAAUCUGUUCCAAACAAUUUUGUCAGUCAAUUAAGAGACGUAAUACACACGGGCAUAUAUUCAAUAUUAACAGCAUAGCUGGACACUAUGCAGAAGCCAUUCAGAUUCCAAUCGGUAUGUAUGGUGCCAGUAAAUAUGGUCUGACUGGUCUGUCAGCGGAAUUACGCCACGAAAUACUCCUGGCUAAACUCAAAAUACGAAUUACGAAUAUCAAUCCUGGUGCAGUACUUACAGAUAUGGUUAAAGUCGUAAUUCAGGCCAGCGACGACGUUCUUAAACCGAUGACAUUACGCGACAAAGACAUUGCUAGUGGAGUGGUCUAUGCCCUAGGAGCACCAGAAGGUGUAGAGAUUUACCAAUUGACAAUUGUGCCGAAAAAUUCAAUAAUUGGGAUCCUAACACCACCCUAGUUGCAAUAUUAUUGU